AACAAGACCUGGCUUGGCGGGUAAACUGCGUCUAGAACAACUUUCUUUUCUCCUUGUAUACUAUGAUCCCUUUAUUGGUACAAAAGGCCAACGACUUCUUGUUUCUUCCUGUACGUUAGAUUAAUAUCUUGCCAAGUAUAUGCUGCCCGCUUUCAUGAUAUUCUAAGCCUUCCAUAACUGACUUCAGAGUUUACGAGCUAUCUCUGAGCUCUUUCUCCUCCAUCAGGAUAUCAAAGGUGUCUUCGUGGUUGAAAUCAACUGUGGUUUGUGGGAGGACAGACAGCAGGAGGAGGAUCAGCUUAUAUCUUGUCUGAGAUUUUAUUUAUGGGGAGACAGUUGGAGCGCCAAGUUUCGGGUGUUGGAUUUGAGGACUAUCAUCCAGGUUGCAUGUGGGGAGUACUUCAAAUUCUUGACUACCAUUAUUGGCACAGUACUAAAAAAUCACCUCUGCGCAGAAAGCAUGGCAGAUGCUGCCAAAAUCCAAAAACAAUCUCUUUUGAUCAUUACUCUAAUGAAGUACAGGAAUAUUUGAGUGCUGAAGCAGUCCCCUUACUGGUUGAACAGCAAACUACAACGACUAGCUCAACCAACAGAAUUGCUAGAAAAGCCCAGAUAAAAGCUUUAAUUGCCAAGGAGAAAUUUUCAAGAACACGGUCACAGAAAGCUGAUCCAGUCCACCAAUUAGAACCUUCAGAAAAUAGCGUUGCUACAAUAAAUAGUGAUUGGAGAAAUCCAAUCAUUAUUCUUCACAAAAGUGCUGAUACUGCUGCCUCCAGAUUUCAGGUUCCAUCAGUGUCUAAGACAACUGAAGAACUAGUUGCAGACAAUAGUACGUAUCAUCUGCCUGGCACUGUGAAUGCCAAUGACUGCUCAAAACAAAACCAGCUUUCUGCAGAGGAUGCAUUUUCCUUGGAGAACUGUGAUAACUCAUUAAACCUUUCACAUGCUAAGCGUCUCAACAGAGAAAUUUCAUGCCCUCAGUUUAAGGAGAGGGUGGAUUUUACGGAGAUCCUUAAGGCAAAUGAAAAGCUGUUGGAAAUCCUACAGGAUCCAGGCGUUCAGAACACCCAUGUCCAGCAGACUUCCAAAGCAAAGGUAAGAUUAAGGAGGUCAGGAUCAUUUCCUGCAGCUGACUGUUCACACAUUACAUUUGUUAGGCCUAGUACAAUUGAGCACAAGCAGAAGGAAAUUUGGUCCUUUCCAAAUGGAGUGAAACCAUCCAUUGGGAAUCCAGCACCAAGGUCUACUGCAUCCAAGUCUUUGGAAGAUUUUUAUGGGAAGUCAAUAGAUUUAAAGGUUAGCAAUCAUGGAGUCACUUCUAGUGAUCAAGAAACACAGUUUUCUUCUCUCGAGUCAUCUCAGGGAUUACAUAAAUACAAGUGGCAUCUUUCAUUUAUGAGUCCUUUUAAAGGUCUUAAGAAAAAAAUAAAGUAUGCACUCACAGAAAGCAAAAGGGAGAGUGACCAUGAAUCAACAAAUACAAGUCGCUACGAAGUUCCUUCUGGAUACAAGUUUUCCACCGAUGAGCAAGAGAUGUCUAAGAAGUUGAAGGAAAUCACAAUUCAUCAGGAUGGUGUAGAAAAUCCCACAAGUUUUCAGGAGACGAAUAGUUUCGAUAAUGAUCUCAGCAAAGCUCAAGCCCCACGCAUAAGAAGAGGAUCCUCUCUAAAGGAGUCACUGGAUGGUUAUGCUCGAUUGUUUGAGUACAGUUUCAGUAAACAGGUCAAGUGGAACCAGUAUCAAUCUAAAAGCUUAAAAUUGUCGAGUGAAGAUAAAUCUCAAUCAAGUGGUCUGAAAUCCUUCAGAAGGAGACUCUCUCUUCCAGAUAUCGAGUCUAUAUAUCUCAUUCCAAAUGAGUCCUCAAGUGAUGCGCUUAGUUCAAAGAUGUCAACUACGACUGGAAUGGACUAUGAUGCAAAUGUUAAAACUGACAUUCUUAAUGACUUGGAGUCCGUAAGCACUCCUGAAGUUAGAAAACAAUUCAAACGACUAGAUACUGUUGAAGAAACUGAACUUCAGAGCAACAUAGAAGAAAGAGCUGGCAGCAUGGACAAUAAUGAAUGUUCAGGUGGUCUAAUGGCAAGUAUGAACGAAGGAAGUGCUAUUACAAGUGAACUAAAUCAGGAUACAAUGGGACCUGAAAGGGGAGAUCAGAGUUCUCUGAGUAAUCAGGGGAUUGGUUCAGCAAUCACCUCCAUUAAAGAGCAUGAAGAACAAAGUCCGAUUUCAGUUCUUGAGACUCAUUUUCGAGAUGAUAUAACUUGCCUAGUAGAGUUCCCAAUGUCAGAAGGUUCAGAGCUGCAUCCUGGGCACAUUUGUGUUGAUGAACCAGAUUCUCCUGUCACUUUACAAGACAGGUCAACCGGAGAUUCCUUGGAAGAAAGUCGCAGCUCUACCAGCCAUGCGAAUGCAGAAAAUGCAAGCACAAUGGUUGGUGCUCGAUUCCUUCAUUUUGAAUUGAACAGGCCAGAAGAUGAUGCUGAUUUCAAUUAUUUGAGAGAUGUGCUUGAGGUGUCCGGCUUCAUUGGGCCAGAGUCCCUUGGAACAUGGUAUUCAUUAGAGCAGCCCUUGAGUCCAACAUUGUUUAAGGCUUUGGAAGCUUAUUUGCACAAAGGACUUGAAUCUUCCUCGGAGGAUGUUGCCUACAAUUGUGAUCACCUGCUUCUGUUUGAUUUGAUUAACGAGGAACUGCUCGACAUAUAUGAGAGCUCAUUAGCCUACUUCCCCAAGCUCUUCUCUUUCACUCAACGCGUCCGUCCACUGCCCAGAGGAAAUAAUGUUAUUGAUGAAGUCUGGAAAAGAAUUAGCUGGCACAGGAGGUUAACCUCAGAAAUGGAGGAAUCAAUAGAGGAUAUAGUAGCUCGAGACUGCGAAAAAGGUGAUGGUUGGAUGAACCUUCAAUUGGAUGCUGAGGAUGUAGCACUAGACCUGGAAGAUUUGAUUUUCGACGAGCUUGUAGAUGAAGUUAUAUGUUCAUAUACACGGUAGACAGUUGAGAGGUCAGAUGAACCAGCCUUGCCAAGAAGCCGUUCUGCCUCAAGGCUGGCUCUGUACAUAAUAGUUUAGUUUCCUUCCAAUUCAUGUUUACUCUGCCUUUAAAUUCCAUGGUUUAUUGAUUGCCUCGAGAGAAGAAUUAAGGACUGCCAUUGUUAGCUCUGAAAAGUUUCCAUGUUUGGAACAACUUGAUUUAGAAAUAAGACCAUAAGACUACUAUUAUCGACAA